UGUUUGUUCCAAAUUUUAGCGAAGAAGAGGAGGAAGAGGAAGAAAUCGUGGAAACAAAGCACGUCGAGAGAAGAGUCGUUGAAGAGCAGGAACAAGCCGGCGAUCCAGAAUUCAUCAAGCGCCAAGACCAAAAAAGAUCAGACUUAGAUGAACAACUUAGGGAAUACAUCACAGAAUGGCGUAAACAGCGCGCCAAGGAAGAGGAUGACCUCAAGAAGUUGAAGGAAAAGCAGGCCAAGCGCAAGGUCACCAGGGCUGAGGAAGAGAAGAAGAUGGCCGAGCGCAAGAAGCAAGAGGAAGAGCGUCGCGUCCGUGAAAUCGAAGAGAAGAAACAACGCGAUAUUGAGGAGAAGAGGCAACGUCUUGAGGAGGCCGAGAAGAAGCGUCAAGCUAUGAUGCAAGCUCUCAAGGACCAAAGCAAGACCAAGGGCCCCAACUUCACCAUUGCCAAGAAGGACGCCACCGCUAACCUCUCCGCUGCCCAAAUUGAAAGGAACAAGACCAAGGAACAGCUUGAGGAAGAAAAGAAAAUCUCUCUUUCCAUCCGCAUCAAGGCCUUGCACCUCGACGGUUUGGGUGAAGCUAAACUCAGAGAGAAGGCCAUUGAGCUCUGGGAUUGUAUAGUCAAAUUGGAAACCGAAAAGUACGAUUUGGAAGAAAGGCAGAAACGUCAAGACUACGAUCUUAAAGAACUGAAGGAAAGGCAGAAACAACAACUGAGGCACAAGGCCUUGAAGAAGGGUUUGGACCCAGAAGCCCUCACCGGCAAAUACCCACCUAAAAUCCAAGUCGCCUCCAAAUACGAACGUCGCGUCGACACCAGAUCUUACGACGACAAGAAGAAACUCUUCGAAGGUGGUCUUGUAGAACUCAUCAAGGACACCAGCGAAAAGUCCUGGAAAGAAAAGUUCGGCCAAUUCGAUUCCAGACAAAAAAGCAAGCUUCCCAAGUGGUUCGGUGAAAGGCCAGGCAAGAAGGCCGGAGACCCAGAAACCCCAGAAGGCGAGGAGGAAGGUAAAGCCGCCGCCGAUGAGGAUGAUGAACCCCUCAAGGAGCCUGUAGUCGAACCAGAAGAAGAUGAGGAAGAGGAGGAAGAAAUUGAGGUCGACGAAGAGGAGGACGAAGAUGAAGAGGAGGAAGAAGAGGAAGAGGAGGAGGAAGAAGAAGAGGAGGAGGAAGAAGAGGAAGAGGAGGAAGAAGAAUAA